UUUCUGCUUCGUUCAACCUCCUUGGACUCUGGCUCCGAUAAACACAUGAUAGUGAGUGUUUCAGCAGCUUCCCGAAAUGGCGUCCGAAAAGCUCUUCGAGGCAAUCCCUGCAUUCCCCGAAAAUGUACCCACUGCGCCAGUGCACACGGUGUCGCUGGCGAGCUUGGUUUCGGGGGAUGCUACCGCUGCCAGAAGCGUGCUUGAUGCAUGCCAGGAACUCGGCUUCUUCCUGCUCGAUUUGCGCGGCGAUGCGCUUGGCAACACCGUCAUCAAUGAGAUCGACAGCCUGUUUGGAGCUGGCCAAGAUAUCAUGAAUCUGCCUGCAGAGGUAAAGGAAAAGUACCCACAUGAUCUGCCCAAGAGCUUUCUAGGGUUCAAACCCCGAGGUCUCGCUAAAACGGAGACCAACGAGCCUGAUCGCUUUGAGUGGUUCAAUCUUGGCCAGGAUGGCCUUCUCAACAAUACACCGCUCCAGCCACUACCCGAUCUUGUGCAUACGCAUUUGCCUCUUUUUACAUCGUUCCUCAAGCAUGGCCAAACCAUCGUGUCCACCAUCAACACCAUCCUCGCAUCCCAGCUUGGCUUGGCCCCCGAUACCUUCACUUCCCGACAGCUACCUACAAAGCCCUCUGGCACUGUCAUCCGCCUCAUCAAGGCUUACGCAUGUCCUGAAGAGGAAGACCUCCGCACAAGCAUGAUCCACCAUACAGAUUUUGGCACCAUCACUCUACUAGCGAACGUGCUCGGCGGGCUGCAGAUUCUCGCGCCAGGUAAAGCUGCGACUGACGAGCAGGCAUGGCUCUACGUACGUCCGAAGCCGGGCUGCCUCAUUGUGAAUCUGGGAGAUGCAAUGGUACAGUGGUCAGGCGGCUUGCUGCGCAGUAACUGUCAUCGGAUCAAGUAUCCACCGGGUGAGCAGCGAUUCCGAGACCGCUACAGUUUAGCUAUUCUAGUCAGGCCAGAGCGCGAUGCCAGUAUGCGGAGCCUGGUGGGUGAGGGUGGUGGCGAGGACGAGAACCUGACAGCUUGGGAAUGGGAGGUCAAGAAGGCCAUGGCACUUAAGAGAGCUGAUGCCGUCAUGGAAAGCAAGGGCGGUAAGCCGGUGGCAGUAGUUUGAACAUUCCACGAGCAAAUACAGUCGCACUAGAACCUAAAAGUAUUUUGUUCAUUGCAACCGAGCUAGCCGGUUUCCACCGCAUUGACCUAUCUCUCUAUUGUUGAUAGACCUGGAAGACUGCAAAAGAGACGGUAGAACGAAAG